ACCCGGUCACAUGACAUACCAAUCCUGGUCACAUGACAUACCAAUCCCUUAGAAUAUCUGAUGCAGAUGGGCAAAUAUAACGUAUUUGAGACUCCCCUAUAUAGGGAGGUACAUCUACAUGGUGCUAGGAGUAGUAUCAUGUAGUGGGGGCUACUUGACGAAGCUGAGAUCUGCCUAGAAGAGGCAGAAAGAUGAAAAGCUUGGAAACGCAUAAGCAGGGCGAAGAUGAAAUAGGGAAUUACGAUCGACAUUAGCAGAGCAAGAUUCAGCGUGUUUCUUUCGUAGGCUCUAUGGCCUUAAGAGAUGUAUCAACUCAUCAGCAACGAUAACGAGGACAAGAACGAGGACGAGGACGUAUUUGAGACAUCAAUUCCAGUUUCCAGAAUAUGCAAUCGAGCUCGGUAGAUGAGGAGAUACGCAAAGCUCUUAAGCCGCUUCAGAACGGUCUUGAGAAUGUCUUUUACAAUGCAAUAUCUGGAGCAUUCUCUCGACUCCGCGAGCGCGACCUCUCCGAUAACUCUCAGCAUAAUCAGAACGAGAUCCCGCCGCAGGAUACCCUACAUUCGCGUUCUAGCCUAGAAGAGUGGCUAGAAAGACCUUUUUCUCCGCCUGGCUUAUGCUCCGAGGCCACUACAGCGCUCCGAGAACAGGUUCUGGAAGGCCGACAGAAGCAAGUCCCGCUUAAGGAGCUUCAAUCUCUAAAGUCCAUCUGGUCGACUUCAUUGCAACAGAACUACGGACCUUACGCAUCCUUUAACCGUGCCUCCCUCCACCAUGAAGCGAAGCAACAUUUGGAGAAUCAGAGACUUCAGGAUAGUAUCAAUGCGCAAGAAAAUCCGCCAACGAACAGAAGGCAAAGAAUUAUGCGGACCUAUCGCCACGUCACGAUUUCCUCGUCUGAGUCAGAUAUCCUUUCAAGCGAUACCGAUACGAAUCGUUCAUUUCAGUCGAGAAGUAGCUAUAUUCCUAUCGAAGAGAUUAUUAGCGAUACUAGUGGUCUACCAAGACAGGAUGAGGCUACUCCUCCGCAGGCAGAGGAACCAGCUCAUCUUAUUCCUCAUCAACCGCCAGUCGGAUGGCCUACAUUCCAACAGGCGUGGGAAGAUAUUCUUACCUUUUCAAAGCAACAUAACUUUGGUAUUCGGGUUAAUCGUUCAAAGAAAGACAACCAAGGUAAUAGGACAGAGAAAACGAAGUACUGGAUCACUUGUGACCGCCACGGCCGGUAUGAAUGUAAAGGAAGAGCUCGGGAGACGAGAUCAUUACGCGAUA